AUGGCGUCCCAUCGAUUUAUAGAUCUCUCCGUGCUUUCUUGCCUUCUUUUCUUUGCCUCGUUGUGUCUCAUUUCUUCAACUUCAACGGUCUUCUCUGUUGAUCUCCCUCUCAACUCUUCCGAUAAAGUCUCUCUGGGACUAUACUACGAGAGCCUUUGCCCUUACAGUGCCAAUUUCGUCGUUAAUUAUCUGGCAAAAAUCUUCGUUGAUGGACUUAUUGACAUCGUGGAUCUCAAUCUUGUCCCUUGGGGCAAUGCCAAGCUCACGGGCAACAGCACCUUCGCUUGCCAGCAUGGUCCAUGGGAAUGUUUGCUGAACACUGUGGAAGCAUGUGCAAUCAGCGCCUGGCCUGAUGUGAAUGGUCACUUUACUUUUGUCUAUUGCGUUGAAUCGCUAGUGUAUGAGGGCAAGUAUACCCAGUGGGAAACAUGCUUUGAGAAACUGGGUUUGGAUCCAAAGCCUGUUGCUGAUUGCUAUAGUAACGGACAGGGGAAGGAGCUUGAACUACAAUAUGCAGCAGAAACAAAUGCCCUUGAACCUCCCCAUACAUAUGUGCCAUGGGUAGUUGUGGAUGGACAGCCACUUUAUGAAGAUUAUGAGGACUUUAUAAGAUACAUAUGUAAGGCGUACUCAGGCACUGCCAUACCCCAAACGUGCAGCAACUUAUCCCUCAACAGCAUUCGCAAGGGAAAAGUAAGCUUUAUCAAGCCAGUCUGCUAUUCAGACGAUACAACCGAGUCUAUAAGAUCAGGCAUAAAAUCGUGGAAGCGCUAA